UAACAUAGCCGAGGCGUUGGUCAGUAAAGGUUUUGCCACGGUCAUCCGCUACAGACAGGAUGAUGACCAGCGCUCAUCCCACUACGACGAGCUACUGGCUGCAGAGGCACGGGCAAUCAAGAACGGGAAAGGCCUGCAUAGCAAGAAGGAGGUCCCCAUCCACAGAGUGGCUGAUAUCUCUGGGGAAACACAGAAGGCCAAGCAGUUCCUGCCUUUCCUCCAGAGAGCUGGCCGCUCAGAGGCAGUGGUAGAAUACGUGUUCAGUGGCUCCCGCCUCAAACUCUACAUGCCCAAAGAGACCUGCCUCAUCACCUUCCUCCUCGCCGGUAUCGAGUGUCCGCGCGGCUCCAGGAACAUGCCCGGCGGCAUGCAGGUGGCUGAGCCCUUCAGCGACGAGGCCAUGGCCUUCACCAAGGAGCUGGUACUACAGAGAGAGGUGGAGGUGGAAGUAGAGAGUAUGGACAAGGCUGGUAACUUCAUCGGCUGGCUUCACAUCGAGGGGGUCAACCUGUCGGUGGCGCUGGUAGAGAACGCCCUAUCGAAGGUCCACUUCACGGCCGAGCGUAGCUCCUACUACAAGACCCUGGUAUCCGGAGAGGAGGCCUCUCGUCUCAGGAAAGACAAGAUCUGGGCCAACUAUGAGGAGAAGAAGGUGGAGGAGGUGGUGCACGUGAUGGAGGAGAAAGAGCGCACAGCCAACUACAGAGCUGUAUAUGUCACAGAGAUCACGGACACCAUGCACUUCUACACCCAGGACGUGGAGACAGGCACCCAGCUGGAGAACCUGAUGGAGACCAUGAGGGCAGAGAUCGCCGCCCAGCCCCCAGUGGAGGGCUCGUACGCUGCCCGCCGAGGGGACUACUGCAUCGCCAAUUUCUCCUCCGACGGAGAGUGGUACAGAGCCCGGGUGGAGAAAGUUCAAUCGCCAGCAAAGGUCCAUGUGUUCUAUAUCGACUAUGGCAACAGGGAGAUAGUGCCGUCCACGCGCCUGGCUGUCAUUCCCCCGGCCUUCAGCACUCGGGCCCUGGCUGCACAAGCCACUGAGUACACCUUCGCCUACAUCCAGGUCCCACAAGACGAGGAUGCGCGUGCUGACGUGGUGGACAGCCUGGUGCGGGACAUCCAGAACACCCAGUGUCUCCUCAACGUGGAGCACAGCGGCGUCACCUGCCCCCACGUCACACUGCAGUUCGCCGACUCCAAGGACGACGUGGGCCUCAGCCUGGUCAAGGAGGGCAUGGUCAUGGUGGAUGUGCGGAAAGAGAAGCACCUGCAGAAAAUGGUGACGGAGUAUCUCAACGGUCAGGAGUCUGCCAAGACUGCCAGGCUCAACAUCUGGCGCUACGGAGACUUCCGUGACGACGACGCAGACGAGUUUGGCUACAAACUAAAAAAAUGAAAAGCGCACGGCGCCAUUCCAAAGACCAACGCGGAAAACGAGAUGCACUCAUUGGACGAGAAAAAGUGCCAGAAACCGAUUCAACGAAAAUAAAACAAAGUAAUGGACAAGCAUUGUCUCUCUCUUCCUUUUAUUCCAUGUUCAUCCUCCUCCUCCUCUCUCCUGCUACUCUGCACAUCCCUUCCUCCUCCUCCUCCCUCCGGACUCUGAAAGAGUACACUAUAGCUAUGAACUCAUAAAAACAGUGACUGUCCAAUCCUACCUCUUCUCCACCCUUCCUGAGCCACUACCAGUUAUUCUUAUCAUGUCCCCCCCCACCCCCCACUGCAGAGCUCCGUUAAUUGCCAUGUCAUCCUUUCAACCUCUUUCCUGAUUAGUGAUGUCAUACGCCCACACUAAUCAUGCGCAUCGCUACCUUACCCUAUCCCUACCACAGCCAAUCCCUCCUAUCCGUUGUACAGGAAAGGGGCCUUGAGAAGAGGAUCCAUUCACUUUUAUUAUUAACAGCUUUUUGCAGAGAGAACCGCUUCCUUAAUGAAUGAUGCUAUGUUUUAUGAAGUUAAUUUUAAAAAGCUAGCUCGAGAUCCACACCAACCGGACGAGCUUAUUUCUGUCCUUGAUGUAUACCUAUGUGAUAUGACAUUUAAUGACGUUUAUGUUGGGAGUGUUUUAUUCUCGUCUUCUUCUCUCUCUCGUGGCCAGAACACCUUGACAAACAGCAUUUUCUCAUCUUCCUCCUUCUGUAAUGUUUACAUAUGAUAGUGACAUGAUGUUCUCUCUCUCUCUCUCUCUCUCUGUCUCUGUCUCUGUAUGCCGUAGCAGAAACAGUGUUUGAAUUUGUUUCCUUAUGACAGCCCUUGUCGUUGUAUUAAAAAAUUCUGCUGAAUAAAAAUGAGCAAAUGAUUAAAAAGAA